CAGUCUGUGUUUGGAUCCUAUUGUAUGUGUCAGUGCCUUUACUCACGUAGAUAUUCAUUACGCCUUAAUCUUAGCAAAAGAAUUUCAUUCUUUCUGCUUAUUCUAUGUGAAUUAGAAUUUGUUCAUUACCCUUAUUGUUCUGUCUAGAGACUGCUCGGUGAUCCUUAUGGAUGACACAAACCAAACUGUCGUGAACGGAUUCAUCCUUAUUGGUCUCUCUGAUGUUCCAUACCUACAAGUUAUGUUCUUCUUGCUGUUCUUGGCUAUGUACAUAACGACCCUGUUGGGAAACCUGUUAAUUAUGUUAGCGGUGAGACUGAAUACUCAGCUCCAGACCCCGAUGUACUUCUUCCUCAGCACUCUCGCCUUCAUUGACAUCUCCUUAUCCUCUUCCAUAGUUCCUCAAAUCAUGGUAAACACAAUAGCCCCCGGCAGAAUUAUUACCGUGUUGGCUUGUGCGGCCCAAAUGUUUAUAUCUUUAGUUUUGGGGGGCACUGAGUGUUUGAUGCUGGCCGUCAUGGCCUUCGAUCGAUACGUAGCCAUCUGUAAACCUUUACACUACAAUAUUAUCAUGAACAAGAGAUGGUGUAUUAUACUGAAUACAGGGUCCUGGGCUAUCUGUAUUAUUAAUUCCACCAUCCAUGUGGCUCUCACUUUUCAGCUGCCUUUUUGUAGGUCCCACCGCGUCAACCAUUUCUUCUGUGAGGUGCCACCUUUCAUCCGCAUGUCUUGCAAGGACACUUGGUUAAACGAGGUUGGUAUGUAUACCUCGGCUGUAUUUAUUGUCGUGUGUUCCUUUUUAUUGACUCUAAGUUCAUACGUUCAUAUAAUCUCCACCAUAGUAAAGAUCCCUUCCUCCAGAGGAAGACUUAAAGCUUUCUCCACCUGCACUUCCCAGCUGACUGUGGUCUUUAUCUACUACGGCACCAUUAUGCCCAUGUAUCUGCGCUCACGGUCAAUAUACUUUUCUGAGAGAGACAGGGUUGUGACCAUUUUGUAUACGACGGUGAUCCCGAUGGUCAAUCCCAUUAUCUAUAGUAUUAGAAAUAAGGAUGUUAAAGGUACCAUAAAAAGAUUAUUGGAAUGGGCAUCUCUUAAAAAAGUGUCUAACCUGAGAUUUGUAGCUAAUAAAUUCAGCUAGAUGACCGUUGCAGGUUUAUCUUAAAUCAUAUUCCUCCACUAAUGCACCAAACACUUGAAAACAGUUGAAAUCCUAUGAUUGCUAAUAAUGGAGUUAUUUGUGAAGUUUAUUAUGGAGCCAACCCAUACACUCCCCAAGGAUCUAACUCAAGAAGGUUCACUUUCUUAUGUUCCACGUCCUCUUCCCUGAGCACCAGACCAUGAUGUCAUAGAUUGAUGUGUGAUG